AUGACAAGUUACACGAGCGGAAAAAUGAAACAUUAUGAUAAUAUAGCUUAUUUGACUUUUAGUACUCCACCAGUUACACCAACAGUAAUAUCAAAUACACAUCAACGUUCAUUUUUUCAUAGUACACUUGUUAAAAAAGCAGUUCAUGCAUUUAAAGGUGGAACAGAAACUACAAGUGAACGUCGUGCUAUGAAAGUUCUUGGAAUUGUUUUCUUUGUUUUUCUUGUUGCUUGGCUUCCAUUUUCAAUAUUAAACAUACUUUCAGCUGUUUGUCCAUCGUAUACGAUAAAAGCAUCCUUAUUAAAUUUAACUAGUUGGCUUGGUUAUAUAUCAUCAAAUUUAAAUCCAAUUAUCUAUACAGCAUUUAAUGUUCGAUUUCGUCGUGCUUUUUUAUCUAUAUUAACAUGUCAAACAAAUUAUUUUUCACAUAAACGUAAAGGAAACAAUUUAUAUAUAUUUGUUGCUAAUAAUAGUCAUCAAAAAAUGCCUAUGAAUCAUGGACAAUAUUUUUUUCCCUCGCGUCGCUUUCUUAAUGAACGUGUGUUCUUUGUGAUUGAUAGUAAUGAUCGAAAACGAAUAACACUUGCUACUGGUGAUCUGAUUGAUUUAUCGAAAAAAUUAAGUAGUCGAUCAUCAUUAUCUAUUCUAAUUUUUAUCGCUAUGAAUAAACAAGAUCUUUCAACGUCAUUCAAAAUUGAAGGUUUUAAUGUUAUUCUAACAUUACCAAAAACCAAAUCCGAUGAAUGGAAACUAUUUGAAAUAAGUACUUAUGCUGGUUAG